GAUACCUCAGCCCUUUUCUCUUCAGUCCACCACACCAAAGUCGACUGUCUGAGCUGCUGCAGACGUGCCCCUGGCGCCACCGGCUUCUUCCCUGUAUCCGCCAUCCGAUUCCCUGGAGUCCUGGACUGCAGCUGGCUCUCCCUUACCUCACCUUAUUUUCCCACGGCUCGACCCAAUUGCUCGCUGCAGGUGUAUCUGUACAGCUGCACUCGUCGACAGAGUGAGAGAGAAUGCGAGCGAGGAAAAGGACGAGGACGAGGUGCCUUGCUGCAUGACGGGUACACAUGUCACCCCAGAACCGAGGAUAGCUCUGCCAAAAGGCGAUUGCUUUUCAGAGAGAAGGCGUUCGACUCUUCAUGUUUCGAUCAACCAGGAGUCCCAGGACAUCUGCAGUUCCAAUGGAGACACGCGGGCUGCACAGGGGAAUCACCGUUGCGUCGUUCAAAGGUUCUAUUCUCGGGCCUCUCUCCUCUGCUAAGCGCAGGUAGGUUUCUGAUGCGAGGAAUGCACCUUAGUACCUUCUUUUCUCCCCCUCCCUCAUGGCGAGGCCAGCGGCAAAGUUAG